AAUAAGUUCACGACAACAGCAAACAGUUUAUUAAAAUUUAUAAAUUUAUGCUAUGCAUUUCAUAGCUCGUUUUAUAUUUAUUUUAUAGUAUUAUCUAUGAUAAUUUUUUCAUUUUAUUAUAUUUAUUAUUAUAUAUUGAACUUUGUAUUACCACAGUACCAAGUAUGUAGAUACAAUUUACCAUGAUUUGUACAUCAGUGCUGGUACCAUUUUUGAAGUGAAUAUUACUGAUAAAAAUAAUAACAAGAUAAGAAUUAAGAUUUCGGAGACAUCGGACGAAUAGAGAUUAGAGACCGAACGUCACCAUUUAGGCUGAUGAUACGACGUAUUACGUUUGUACCUGGUUUAUAGAGUUAUUAUCAUUAAUCGUGGUAAUGUUUAUGUGACGGUGACGUGUUACAAAUAUAAUUGAGUAUUGCAAAAUUGGUUAUUCCUUUUCAUAGAAUAAUACACCGUUUAAAUUAAAUUCGAAAUAUUUGAAUUUACAAAAUCAUGCUCAUAAAAUAAAAGUUCUAUUUUAAUAUAAUUCGAAACUAUGGGUGGUCAAAAAUUCCAGUACGAUGAAAGCGGGGCAACAUUUUUUUAUUUCAUAUUAUCGUUUUUAGCCCUCUUACUAAUUCCAGGAACUUAUUACUGGUGGCCCAGAAAACAAAAAGAAGGUAAAUCGUAGUUUUAUUUUAUUUUAUGCAUUUCUAGCUAAUAUGAUUUUGGGGAUUUUAGAUCCAAAACUAUUGGCAACAGAAUGUUAUUGUCCAGGGUGUAAAAAGAAAAAACUUAUUCUGCAAUCCACAAAACCAUGUGAACUAAUGAAAAGAACAUUAAUGUAAGUGUAUCUGAUUUAAUUCACAGUACAGUCUAUAUUUAUAUACCUAGUCUUUAUCCUAAAAAGAACAUAUUUUUAAAUACCAAAAUGUUAUUUGUAAAAUAAUGCUUUUAAUAAUUGAGAUCAUGAAAUAUUAACUAUUUACUUUGUAUAUUUCAGAAAAUUCAUCAUUAUUGCUGGCUGGGUAUUAUUAGUUUUUCUGGCAUACAAAGUGUCUCAGUUUGAUUAUGAAAGUGCAAGUUUUGAUCCUUAUGAUAUUCUCAAUGUUCCUAUAGUGAGUAUAUAUAAUAUUAAAUUUCUUCUUAACAAAUUAUAAAUAUAAUUAUUAUUAUUUAGGGAACUAGUGAAAAAGUUAUUAAAAAGGCAUAUCGAAGACUUUCAUUAAUUUACCAUCCAGAUAAAGAGUCUGGAGAUGAAAAAAAAUUUAUGAAACUCACUAAAGGUAACAUUCAAAAUCAAUAAAAAAAAAAAUGUCAACGCUAAAGUAUAAUCUUUAUCCAUGUUAUACAAUUGUAUAGUUAAUCUCUGUAUAAUAUUAAGUUGUGUUAAUUAUGAUACUCACAGAAAUAUAAACCCAAAUUUCCCCUUCUAAUUUAGACUAAUUUUAAUAAAUAACCUUUAUUAUUUUAUAAAAGUUCUAUGUGAAAUUUUUAUUUUUGAAAAUAGAUAAUUUUUUUAAUUGUUAAUAAAUAUAAGUUCAUAUCUCAGAGUAACAAUAAAAAAAGUUUUACAGACUUCAGGUGUCGCCACACUAAACUAAAACAAUAGUGCAGUUGUUUCCCAAAAUGUAAAUAAAUUGUGAUAAUUAUAAAUUAAUACAUUUUUUAGUUAGAAGCGUCAAUUCAAUUUAUGUACUCUGGCAACAAUUUAAGUUAUCAAUUGUUAUAAUAUUUUUAAUUUGAUCAUACAAUAGAAAAUUGUUAUAUUAUGUUAAAUAUUAUUAGCUAACUUAUUAAAAGAUAUAGGCUCCGCUUUAUCAAGUAAAAUAAUGUGAUUCUAGUUUUUUCUAAAUUCUUUUAUGGCAUUUUAUAAUCCACAAAUUGUCAAAACAAAAAAAAAAAAAAAUGAUAUGCAAAAUUAAUUUGCCUUUUUUUAAAUAAGCCAAGAAUAUGCAAUGAAAGUAGAAUUUUUUUUUUACAUUUAAUAUUUGGUAUUAACUGUUAUGUUCAUUUAAACAUAAAAUUACAUUUACAUUAAAAAUACAUUUCUAUUAAGCAUAAGCAAUCCACGCAUAUUAGCUUUUAAUAAUAAAUUUAAUUUCUUAAAUAUACAUUAUAUAUGUAUAUAUGUAUUUUUUAUUAUAGCAUAUCAAGCUUUAACUGAUGAUGAAUCCAGAAAAAAUUGGGAAAAAUAUGGAAAUCCGGAUGGACCUGGUGCAAUGAGUUUUGGAAUUGCAUUACCAUCAUGGAUUGUUGAAAAAGAAAAUUCAGUUUGGGUAAAAAUUAUUAUAUUAUAUUCAAUAUUAUUUAAUUAUUAAAAUUUUUUUUUUUUUUUUUUUUUAAUAGCUAAAAUAAUUGGAUAUAAAAAUAAUUAUUGAAUGCCAAAAAUUUGAAAAAGUAAUUUUAAACAUACCUUAAUAAAAAAAUAAAAUAAAAAUUGAUAAUUUUAAUACUAAAAUGAUUUGUGAAUAUAUGUUAAACAGUUUAUAUAAAGUACCUUAUCGAUAAAACUUAAAAUUUGUUUAUUGAAUUAAUAUUCAAUCAUCUUUUAUAACUAACGAAAAAAUAAUAAUACAGUAUAUUGAGUUUCAUUUUAGUAUAUUUUUGUUUUUUCAAACAACAAUUGAAAAUCAACAGACAACCUAAUUAAUGAACAAAGUGUCUAAAUCCUAAAUUUGAUUUUUUUUUUUUCAAAAUCUGGCAUUCAAAUAACUGACUUGGUACUUAAUUUUUAAAUAUUGAAUUAUUAUUAAUAUCACAUAUGUUUACAUAGUUAAUAAUAUUAAUGAUUUCAGGUUUUAGGACUUUAUGCUUUAGUAUUCAUGAUUGCACUUCCUACUACAGUUGGUAUGUGGUGGUAUAAAUCUAUUAAAUAUUCUGGAGAUAAGGUAUGAUGUAAAAUAUUAUUUUUUAACUGUCAAAUAUAAUAUUAUUUGUAUUGUGUUAUAUCUUCAAUAUAGGUAUUAUUAGAAACAUCUCGACUAUACUAUUACUUUUUGCAUAAAUCAAAUUCAAUACCUCUAAAACGAGUAAUAAUGAUUUUAAGUGCCUCAUUAGAAUUUGAAAAAAAGUACAAUGGAGAAAUUGUUGAACGAUCUUCAGAUGAAUAUGAAAUGCCUCAGGUAAAAAUUAUAAUUAAUGUAAAUGUAUCCAAAAUAAAUACAUUAAAAAUAUAAUUCAAUUUUUUUAUAAUUUUCCAUAUCUACAAUUUUAGAUUUGGGAGGUAGUGAGAAAUGUUUUGGUUUUACAGUGAUGAAUUUUUUUUAUACUGUGUACAAAAUAUCAACCAGAAUUCUUGCUUCAAUGUAUCAAAUGUAGCACCUUUUCUGAAAUUAAAUUUUAUCUAGUUAGUUCUUUAAGGUGGUAAUCUUUUGAUUUUCUAAUCGGUCUCCAUAACAAUUGGGAAAAAACCUAGAGAUAAAUUGACAAAAAUUCAUGCCAUAAAAAUUCCAUGAUAUUACAUGUUUGUAACUUAUGUUUUUUACUAAAAAUCUUGCUUAAAAAAAAUAAAUCAAAAGAUGGCAAACAUAAAAACUGAUAAAUUUAUGGUGUCACCAUUCCUUUAUUUUAAAUUAGUACAGUUUAUGUUUUCUAUCAGAAAUAUUAUUCAAAUAGAAAAACAACAUGAGAUCAUUGUUGUAUUUUUAAUUUAGUUGAGGGAGUUAAAAUGUCGUUUUUUUGAUUUUUGAGCAAAACGGAAAAAAAACUUAAAAAGAACAGAAAAUUUAUGAAAUUAUUACUUUUAUUAUUAUUUUAAAUUUUGUUAUUUUGUUUUUUUUUUUGUUUUUUUUUUUUUUUUGUAAUUCAAUUAAAAAUAUUCAUACAGAAAUUUAGUUGAAAUUUAGACAGAAACCUUAUAUUUUUCUUUUUUUUACUUGGUAAAAUUUUUGAACUACUUAUAGACAUUUACAUUUUUAUAUGGUAGGUGUUCUGUAGAUAAAAAUUUUAGACUAAACAGAAGUACUUACAAAUUACACAAUAAAUUAUAAAAAAUAUUUCAUGGUCAAAAAAUAAAAAAUACUGCCUUUCAAUACAUGUUUGACCAAACUUUGUUUUAAUUUUAUUAAUGUUUUAUUUCUGCUUAUACAUAAAUAAAUACCUUAUUGUAUCCUUUUCCCAACUUCUCACCUACAACAGCGGUACAUUCAUCCUAAUUAUUGGCACUUUUAUAUUUAAUAUCUUUAGAGUUAAUUUUCUUUGAUAUAUACAAUUCAGAAUAUUUUCCUUUUUUUAUUUAUUAGUUAGAAAUUAUUAUAUAGUUUGUAUAUUAUUUGAAUAUAUGUGUACAAAUUGAUCAAAAUCAUUUUUUAAAUUUAAAUGGUUAUUUAUGAUUGUAAAAUUACAAAUGUAUAUUAAAAAUUUUACUUUUCAGCUUAUAAAACGACUUACCAAUUUUGGAGAAAAGACACAAAAAGAGCCACCAUUAUCCUAUGGUUAUUCAAUAAAAGCUAGAGCUUUGAUACAUGGACAUUUGUCUCGUAUAUUACUUAAUGCAGAUACAUUAGAUAUAGAUCGCAUGCGCAUAAUAAAAAAAUGUCCAUAUUUAAUUAAAGAAAUGGUUGGUGUUGUUUCUCAAUUAAUUUUAUUAGCAUAUGCUCAAAGAAGUUAGUAUAGUUUUUUUGGUUAUAUAAGGCAUAUUGUAUAAAUUUAAAUAUGGUUUGUUAUUAAUUAGUACCCCGUUUACUUAAUAUUGAAACCAUUGAAAACUGUAUGAAGCUUUGUCCAAUGAUAGUUCAAGCAUUAUGGGAGUAUAAAAGUCCAUUUAUGCAAUUGCCCUACAUUACAGAAGCUCAUCUUAAACAUUUUAAUGUUAAAAAUGUUAGUAAAGAAAUAUAUAUAAUUUAAAUUUAAAAUAUUCUAUGUUUUAAUGGUAAAAUAUUAUUUUUUAAACAUAUAUAUUAAAAUUGUUUAGAAACGGAUUCGAAGUAUUCAACAUCUUGCUCAAUUAAAAAAUGAAGAAAGACGAAAUACAUUAAAAUUUUUGUCAGAUAGUCAAUAUAAAGAUUUAGUUAAAGUAUUAGGUAGAAUGCCUUACAUAGAUUUUAAAGUUCGUUGUGAAGGUAUGUAUUAAUAAAUAAUAAUAAAAUAAAUUAGGUUUAUUUAUUAAAUUUUAUAUUGUUUGUUAUAUCUGUCUUCAGUUAUUGAUGACGAAGCUACUACAGUUUAUACAGCUGGUGCUAUAGUAACUGUCACUAUGCAAUUAAAAAGACAAGAUAUGAAUGUACUUUUUGGAGAUGAAUCAUACACAGAUAAACAACAUAUAAAGAUUGAAAAAAAUGUUGCUAAAAAAUCAGACAAACCAUUACCUAAUGGAAAUUUAAUAGAUAAUAAUGAAGAAAUAAAAAAUACUGACAAAGAAAAAAAAGCACCGAAAGGUAUUUGGCAACAAAAACGUCAAUCGGGUAAAGCUAAAAAAGGUGGAUAUGUCAAAAAACAAAAAACUGUUUUAUCAGCAUCAGCUAAAAAAAAGAUUAAAAAGAAAGAAAAAUUGGAAAAAGCAAAAGUAUGUAUUUGUUUAUAGACAUUUACUAUAGUAAUGUCUAUAAAUAUAAAUAUGAGAUAAUUUAAUAAAUUAUUUUGUUUUUAAUAUUUUUCCUACUAAAACUUUUUUAUUUCUCUUCAACAUAUUUGUCAUAUAAUUUAUUUUCCUUCCUUUCUCAAUAUUUCUCAAAGCUAUUUCUUUCUAUUUUUAUGAAGGAACAAUAUUAGCUUUAGUAUUUUUAAGUUAAAAAUAAGGAACCUAUAAAAUAAUAAUAUAUCAAUUAUUUUCCUAACUAUCCAUAUAAAUUAACACUAACUUAAUGCAUUUUAAUUAUAGCUAGGUGAACUAGAAAUUAAAGAAAAUGAAGAGAAAGAAAUAAUUAAAGAUGAAAAAGAUGAUAAUGUGUCAUCUGAUGAUGAUACUGAUUCUGAAAAUAGCUCAAGUGAUGCUUCAGCUGAUGAAGAAUCAGAAAAAACAGAUACUGAAGAAACAACAGAUGAUAAAAAAAAAGUAAAAAUAAUUUUUAUAUUUUUUGAAUUUAAAAAACAAAAGCAUUUUUAAAGUGUGUAAUUUAGAUUGGAAAUUCAGUGCAAAAUGUAUGUUUAGUUCUAAUAAGAUGUCAUUAUUUUGUUUUAAUUAUUUAAAAACAUCUAUAAAAAAAUUAAUAUUUACUACAUACCUGAGUUAAAAAAAAUCAUUUUAGUUCUAUAGUAAAGCAAAAUCAUAUUCAAUAAUUGAAAUUUGUUUGGCUUUACUUUUUAUUGUAUUUUUGAUAUUCUGAUAUGAAAAAAUCAUAAUUUCAAUUGUGUCAAAAUAAUGUACAAGUAAGCCAUGCUAUGAAAAUUAGCUUUAAGUUGAUACUUUCUAAGAUAUCACGUUGAGUAUAUCUUUGUGGGUCAUCUUGUAGAUUACCAAUUAAUUAAUUUUCAAUAAUUUUCUUUUUUUUCAAUUUAAAAUAGUAAAACAAUUUUUUUAAAAACAGUCAAACUUAAAAUGUUUUAACUAACACCUAAUUGUUAACACUUUUUGUGGCAUUUUUUUUUUCAAAUUAACCACUUAGUAACAAAUUGAUAUUUUAUUAAAUCUAUUUAUUAAAACAUUUAGAUUUCAGCAAAUGAUGAUGAUGACGAUGAUGAUUGGGACAAAUUUCAAUCUGGAGCUAAUAAAAAAGACAGAGUACUUGAAGGCAGAACUAAACAAUCACAUUUAGUUCAUUGUCCAUAUUUUCCUGAGGUGUUAAAAUCUCAUUAUUUAAAAACUGAAAAGAAAAUAUACUGCGAUUUUUAUUUUACUAAACAUAGUUGUUAUGUUUUUACAGGAAAAACAUGAAUAUUGGUGGGUUUAUUUAAGUGACCGGAAAAGUCGUACUUUGUUAACUGUUCCAUAUCAUAUUACUGAACUUGUUGAUGAAGAAGAAAUUCAAUUAAAAUUUACAGCACCUAGAUGGCCAGGUGUUUAUAUUUUCGCUGUUUGUCUGAGAUCAGAUUCAUAUUUUGGUUUUGAUCAAAUGCAUGAUAUCAAAGUUAGUAUCAUUUAAUAUCUAAGAAGUAUAAAUAAUUAAAAAAUCAAGAAAAUUAUUUUAUUCUAAUAAUUUUCAUAUUAUAUACUUGAAUUAAUUUUCAAAAUAUUAUCUUUCAAUGCCACAUAAUUUCAUGAUUUAAAUUUUAAUUAAUAAUAGAAUAAUUUGAUUUUAUUUAUUUAUAUGUAGUUUACAUAAACUACUAAAAAUGUUAGAAAAAUUGGUUUAUUUAUCUUAGCCCUACUAAUUUUCAUAAAAUAUUCAACACUCAAUAAGAAAGUUUUUUAUAUUAUAAUAAAAUAAAUUUACAAUCUGUACUACAAAUAGCACAAUAAGUAUAUAUUAUGAUAGUUGGGAGAGAUAUUCUGUAAUUGGGGCUACGUGAUAGAGGUUAGGUGCAUGCUAGUGAUACUUAUGUAUAUUAAAAUAUUUGUAAUCAAGAGUUCACUACACCACUAUCGCAUUUAAAUCUAUGAUAAGGAUUUCCAGCAAGUGAAAGAAUAUGUAAUUAAUUUAUGAAUUAAGUGUGGAUUUGAUGAUGACUGCAUUAAAAUUAAUAGGUUAAUUUUAGCACUUGGAUAGUCAACAAUAAAAAUAUUUUGUGUCUUGAGCUGAUCAAAUACAUAAAAUGUUGAAUAGUAAAUGUAAAAGAAUACCUCCUUGAUGAACUCUGGCAUUAAUGAUAAUUAUGGCUAAAGUUGAAGAUUUGUAAUGUAUUUGGAAGUGGUAUAUCUGUAAGGUAUAAUUUAAUUAAAAGGUUAGGUUGUAUCACUCUAUCAAAUCCCAUAGAGAUAUCCGGAAGGCUAGUGCAAUUUUUUUUUUGAGAGAGUUAUCAACAUCUGUAAACCUGAUUUACUAUGCUAUAUUUAGUUUCAAACCCAAAUUGGGAAGAUAAAAAUGUAUAAACUUUUGAAAAAUAAGUUAGUAGACGAAGUAAAAAUAUCAGGUGGUUUAUCCGGCUUGAUGAAAAUUAUUAUUAAGAAUUUUCAGUCCUAAUAUCGUUACAUUUUUAAGUUUAUUUUGGAAAAAUGUAUCAAGGUAUCUUUAACAUUAUUCUUAUAUUGUAAUAUAUAAAUAUCCUCAUAGGGUUGAAAGGUUUUGGAUAAAUGAGACUAAAAUUACUAGUUCUUUUAAAUAGUUGUUUUGUUAUGAAUUUCAGCUGGAUGUAAAAGAAGCACCAGAACCCCUCACAGAACAUCCUCAAUGGGAUAUAUCUGAUGAGGAAGAUGACCCUAAAGAAGAUGACAAACAAAGUGAUAUUUCAGAAUUUACCACUGAUGAAGAUGUUGAAGUCUAAAAGAUUGCUUUGAGCAACCUAACAAAUAAAAAGAAGUUCAAAAACAAUAAGUAUAAAUUACAGUAAGUAAAUAAAACUUGUGGUAAUUUGAUUGGUUUGAUUUUCUGUUAGUAUUUUAAACAUAAGGAUGAUAUAAACUUUGAAAAUAUUGUUGGAAUAGAUAAAACUUUACGUAUUUCUAAGGCUUUUAAACAUCAUGUUAAAUAAAUUAACAAGCCCCAACAUUAUUUACUAAGUUGAAUUAUAACAUCACCCAUACGUUGAAAAUACCAGAAAAGUACAAUUUCGAACACUACUCUAGUUUUAUAAAUUUAAAUUAUUGGUACUUUUGAGAACAAAUUAGUAUAUUAUAAUGUAUAUGUUAUAAAAGAGAAAAAAAAAUGUUGUCGGACUGUUCAUAAUUUAUAUUCAAUGUUAAGUUAAAUUUUAAUAUUUAUUGCUUAAUUUUAAUUGACUGACAAAAUAUAUUUUGUUUAUAUUUAUUAUAAAUAUAAUGAAUUUAUAUAUUUUUUAAAAUCUACCUUUUAGAUUCUGAGUGUAGCAAAAAAAAUUAAUAGUUUUACUAAGAUAUAAUUUUAUUUUUUACACAGUAUCCUAAGACAGAUUUUUCGCCUAAUACCUAUUUAAAAAUUGUUUUAAAAUCCCUAACAAAAUUUCCUUUUAUUUUAUUUUAUAAUCAAUAUUUAUAAUUUGUUAGAACUAUUUGUAUUUUGUUGAUUAUUCUCAACAAAGAUAACAGUUCUACAUCAAUAACUAUACUGAGUAUAGUAUACAACAUGAUUAAAGAUAUCUUUAAUAUACAAUGAUGCAGUGAAACCUCUCUUACCGGACAAAAUAACUGUCACAACGAAAAAAUAUGAAUUCCUAUAUAUUUCUACCUGUCUCUACUGAACUGUUUCAAUUAAGGGGACACAGAAAGUAAUAUAUUUGAUAACUGACAAUAUUAUAUACAUACUGCGCUAGAGAUCAGUACGGGCAGUUUUUUUUCAGCCCGGUCCAUAUUUUAUUUUUUUUAAGUCUAGCCCGACCAGGCCCGUUUGUAAAUAAAAAUAUACAUCAACUUUAUUUCCUAUCAAUAUUGACUUAGUAGACAAAAACAUUUCAUAAAGACAAUAAAUAUAUUACAAAGAAAAAUAUGCUAAAUUUUAUUAAAAUUUAAAUAUAAUAUUAAACCUGCCAAUUAAUUAAUUAAUAAUAAUGAAAUACAAUUAAAAUACAGAAAUCAACUUAUAAUUACAUUUUCUUUUUGUAAAAAUCAUUUAAAAAAAUAAUCGCACAAUAAUAAAGAUUAAACUAAAAUAUUAUUGGUUUUUACCAGUGAUCUAUUUAUAAAUAUCAUACAGUCUAGUAAUUAAAUUAUUUAUAGAUAUAGAAUACAUAUACACAAUGUUACAAAUUAAAUUAAUUAGUUUUAUUUUUGACCGACCCGGACCAAUGAAUAAUAUUACGAUUCCACCUAUAACCAACCUGUAAUAUUUAAAUUGUGGUUCGACCCGGAACAAGCCCGAUGUGAGUCGGACUGGCCCGGCCCGUGCUGAUCUCUAUACUGUGCAACAGCGUUGCUGGUCUAUUUUUCAAAUACAGAUUAUGAUAGAUUACAUGUUCCAUAUCACCAGUAAUAAAGAUAAAGUUAAUUUCGUGGUCAGAAUAAUUAGAAACCAGUAUUCAGUGCUUAUAGUGCAGUAUUACUCAAAUAUCGCUUCGAUAUUGUGUUUUGUAUUAUUGUGUAUAAUUAUAGUUAUAGAAACCUUUCUAUAACUGAUACAUUUGAUGGUUCCAAUAAUGUCCAUUAUAGGAAUGUUUGUUUUAUUGUAAUAACCUAAAACUAUUUGUUUAUUAUAUUUCACAUGUUUGUUUUUAAGAUUUGUUAGGUUCAGGACAAAAUUGUAAAUAUUUUAUUAUGUAAUAAUUCAUUAUUUUUCAAAUGAAAGGUAUAAAAAAAUUUAAAAGUGCUGGAACUUGUCCCUCCCCCUUAAGGAUGGUCCUGAAGUUUUUUUCUAUAACAAAUAUAUGAUAAAUUGAUAAUAAUAUAAUAAACACAAUAGUGCUUUUUUAACUAUUGCAAUUUUUUUUAGUUUUAUUAAGUUUAAUUAAAAUAAUUUUUGUUUUGAUAACAAGAGUUUAAAAAUUUGAUGAAAGGGUAUAAACAUUUUACACAAAAUUACACCAGUAAUAAAAUAUUAAAAAUCUGGUUAAAUUAUGUACUAUUUUUCAAUUUGUGUCAUUGGCCUAAUAAAAGUUUGAUAAUUUAAUUCAAUGUUCAAUGGUUAAAAAAUUUUGUAGAAAUUACGUUUUAAAACUCAUGUUAAACCAAAUUUUAGUCAGAAUGUUUUUUGUUACAUAAAAAUAUAAAUUAAAUGAAAAUGAUAGUACUAAUUGCUAACUCUAUUGGUAUGCAGUCAUUUCAACACAUUAUAUUAUUACACCGAUUCAUAACAAUGUUUAUUACCCAACUAGCUAUUGCUAUUAUUAAACAAAAAUACAUUUGAAACAAUUUUGAUAUUUUAAAAUCAAAUAAUUUAUAAAAUAAAAACUUUAGAAAACUUUCAAGCAAAAUUAGUUUAUUUACUUAAUUGCAUAAUUUAUGAAUGUAAUAAAAAAAAAAAUGUGCAGUAUCUAUUGGAUCUUAUAUGGUUAAGAUAUCAAUGUCAAUUAAUUUAUUAUAGUUAAUAAAUAAUAAAUGCUUAUUCCAUAACCAUAAUUUAUUAUUUAAGUUAAUAUUAUAAAUUGAAAUUUUAUAAUAGCCGGUUAAAGAAGUAAAUAUAAAUUUAAACAGGAAAGUAUAGCACUAGGAAUAUCUUAUUAAAUUUUAUAUAAUGAAAUUAAUCAUUAAUUUUAACGACAGAAACUUGGAGGAAUCCCAUCAUCUGUUCUGGCACGUUUUCUUGCAUGAACACCAGAAAAAAACUCUUUCACAUCUUCCGGUUUAACUACUUUACCUUUUUUAUUUAAAUCGGUCAUCCACUCUACUAACUCUUCUUUGAACUGAUUAUAUCCUAAAAUAUAAUACAUCAAGCAUUUUAUUAUUUUGUUUAAUGAAAAUAUAAAAGAAAAUACUAACUAUGAGCCAAUUCCACAGCUGCAACUCUAUCCAUUGAUGAUAAAGCUUUAGAAAAAUUUUCUUCACUUUGUUGUUCUUUAGCUCUUAUUCUUUCUCGGCUUAUAUCUUCAUAGGCUUGCAAUGUAUCUUUUUGAUCAGUUAUAAAUGGAACACCUUCAGUUUUAUAUAAUUCCUACCCAAAUAUCAAAGGUUAAAAAUAUUAAAUUACAUUUUAUACUAUCAAUCUUACAUUACAAGAAGAACAUGUACAAAGCUCUUUUCGCCAACCUUCUACCCAAAAAGAACUCCCAAUAAUUUUUUCAAGGUCUGUUGCAUUAUUCAUCUUACAAAUUUCACUAUUUGAUGUACUGGCUUUAUCAUAAGUACUAUCAGAUUUCUAUAAAAUUAUAAAAAAAAAAAAAAACAAUAAUUAAAUGUGUACUUAACUAUACAAUUAAGUAUGCUGAAACAUAAUAAAUUUGUAAUUGAACUACUACUAUUACUACUCAAUUACUUUGACGACCAUUUCUUUAGAAACAUCACUAUCCACUUUUUCGGUAUCAUCUGAAAUAAUAAUUUAAAAUUUUUUUUUUUUUGUUAAUAUAAUAAUUGCUUAUUACAAUAUAAUACCUGCCGAUACUUGGUCUGCAUUUUCCACAUCUACAACCUAAAUUAAACAUACGUAUACAUAAGUUUAAAAUAAAAUGUAUUUAUAUUAGCAUAACGCAUUUUAAAAAUAAAAAUAAAAGUUUGAUAGUAUAGUAGUAAUAAGUAUAAGGCAAGUAAAUACAAAUAAAUAAAAAAGUGUACAGUAUUUUAACACCCUGCCAAAAAGUAGUUGAAAUAACCUAACCUAACCGAUUUUGAAUGAAAACGAAAGUAGAGAAAAAUGUUCUGAAAGCAUUUUAAAGACUUAAUAUAAAAUAUUUUUUUAUGUAGGAUAGAUAUACAAAUUACAUUUUUUAUUUGGCAAAAAUAUUAAACAUUGAAUUUUCCUAUACUUAGAUUAUAUAUUUAUUAAAUAUCAAUUAAGUAUAAUUAUAAUAUCAGUUUUAUGACCUAAACAUUCUUAUCUGUUUAUUAUUAUUUCAUUCUAUAGACUUAGUAAUAAAAUUGAGUAUACCUUUUUGUUUAGUUCAUUGUUAAAUAAAGAUCAUUAAUAUAAAUCAAACACUAAUAACUAACAAAUAGCAUAUGAUGUACGAUCAUAUUAAAAUAAUUAAUAUAAUAUGUAUUUUUUUUUUUUGUUAAGGAAUCAAAUUUCAUAUGCAAAGUCAAUGACCAGACCAGCAGGAUGAAAAUUUUAUUUUAUAAUAAUUAUUUUUGUAUUGUAUAUAAAUUGUGUAAUCAAUAAAUUAAAAACAUACCUCAGUCUCGUCACCUUUUUCUACAGUCUGUACUGAAUCAUCGGUUACUGUAAAAUAAUAUGAUUAAUUAAUAUAUACCUGUUAAAAUGUAAAUAUAAAUUUGUAUAUUAAGGAAGUCUCUAAUUGUUUAAAUGGUUGUUUUUUUGAUUACAUUAUGGAUUUUUU